CAAAACAAAUUACAUGUUCGAAUCGAAUGAAAUUUUUUUUUCAAAAAAUGAAAACAAAUCAAAAAUUAGCAUUACGUUGUUCAAUUUUAUCCGGUUUAUUUGCAUCGUUAGCAUCGGUUUUUGGUAAAAUUGCAACAUCAUCAAAGAUAUGUCAAUCAUAUUUACAAUCAAUAUUAUCAAUAUAUUUCAAUGAUGAUGAUUCAAUCGAAAUUCAGAUAUGGCUUAUACGAGCGAUUCAAAUCCUAGCAUUUGCCGCAAUGAUACUAGUCAAUUCAAUAAUGUGGACACAAUUUUCAUUAGCAUUAGCACAUUCUCGGUAUACAAUACAGGUAACCACAGUGAAUACGGUUACAAAUUUUAUCUGUUCAGCAAUAUUCGGUAUAAUUAUUUUCAAUGAAACAAUAACAAUUCAAUGGACAAUCGGUAUAACAUUGAUUCUAAUUGGAAUCAUAUUAUUAAAACGAAACGAUACAUCGAUUAUUAAUCGUUCAUCUAAUUCGAUUUUGAAUUCGAAUUCGAAUACUAAAUUAACAUUCGAAAAAGAAGAAUAA